AUGCUAACGGUUUCUUCCACAUGUCUGCGCUCAGCAGCUGCCUAGUCAGUCGGCAGUUCAUUCGGAUAAAUGAGUGCGAUAUUAACAGAAGCUCGCUAGCUUUCAGGGGGGUUCUGUUUUCGCUGACGGGAAGAAAGUCCACUUGUUUGUUUUGUUCCCCAUGUAGAGGAGAACGAGCAUCGUUAGCUAGCCUGCAUCCUGUACUGAUCAGGCUAGCUAACACUGGCUACCUGUAUUUCUGCAUGGCGGACUACCUGAUCAGUGGCGGUACCGGCUACGUGCCCGACGACGGCCUCUCUGCUCAGCAGCUCUUCUCGGAUGGAAACGGCCUGACCUACAAAUCUGACCAACAGUUCGCUGUCUGCGACGGUCAUACGGCUGAAGAGCUAUGCUCUAAAGGAGAUGGGUUGACUUACAAUGACUUCCUGAUUUUACCUGGCUUCAUCGACUUUACCUCAGACGAAGUGGACUUGACAUCGGCUCUGACCAGGAAGAUCACGCUGAAGACGCCGCUCAUCUCCUCCCCCAUGGACACCGUCACAGAGUCGGCCAUGGCCAUCGCUAUGGCGCUCAUGGGAGGCAUCGGCAUCAUCCACCACAACUGCACACCUGAAUUCCAGGCGAACGAAGUCCGCAAGGUUAAGAGGUUUGAGCAAGGUUUCAUCACAGACCCACUCGUGAUGAGUCCACGCCACAGGGUUGGGGAUGUGUUUGAGGCCAAGUUAAGACAUGGCUUCUCUGGUAUCCCUGUCACAGAGACAGGCAAAAUGGGCAGCAAGCUGGUGGGUAUCGUCACCUCCAGGGAUAUUGACUUCCUUUCUGAGAAAGACCACGACAAACCUCUGGAGGAGGCUAUGACUAAGCGUGACGAGUUAGUUGUGGCUCCUGCUGGUGUUACACUCAAAGAAGCCAAUGAUAUCCUGCAGCGCAGCAAGAAAGGCAAGCUUCCCAUUGUAAACGACAACGACGAGUUGGUGGCCAUCAUCGCCAGGACAGACCUGAAGAAAAACAGGGACUACCCGCUGGCCUCUAAGGACUCACGCAAACAGCUGCUGUGCGGCGCCGCCAUCGGUACCAGAGAGGACGACAAGUACAGACUGGACCUGCUGGUGCAGGCUGGAGUGGAUGUUGUCGUGCUGGACUCCUCACAAGGCAACUCGGUUUACCAGAUCAACAUGAUAAGUUCCAUUAAGCAGAAGUACCCAGAGCUGCAAGUGGUGGGAGGAAAUGUGGUUACAGCAGCCCAGGCCAAGAAUCUGAUCGAUGCCGGUGUGGACGCUCUAAGAGUGGGCAUGGGCUGUGGCUCCAUCUGCAUCACCCAGGAAGUCAUGGCAUGUGGGCGGCCUCAGGGGACCUCGGUGUACAAGGUGGCAGAGUACGCCAGGCGUUUCGGCGUGCCCGUGAUUGCAGAUGGUGGCAUUCAGACCGUGGGCCACGUGGUGAAGGCUUUGUCACUUGGAGCAUCGACUGUUAUGAUGGGCUCGUUGCUAGCAGCAACCACAGAGGCUCCAGGAGAGUACUUCUUCUCAGAUGGCGUGCGACUGAAAAAGUAUCGCGGUAUGGGCUCUCUGGAUGCUAUGGAGAAGAGCACCAGCAGCCAGAAACGCUAUUUUAGUGAGGGCGACAAGGUGAAGGUGGCUCAGGGUGUGUCUGGCUCAGUUCAGGACAAGGGCUCCAUCCACAAGUUUGUACCGUACCUGAUAGCUGGUAUCCAACAUGGCUGCCAGGACAUCGGGGCAAAGAGUCUCUCCGUUCUCCGGUCCAUGAUGUACUCUGGAGAACUCAAGUUUGAGAAGAGGACCAUGUCUGCACAGGUGGAAGGAGGCGUUCACGGACUCCACUCUUAUGAGAAGCGGCUCUACUGAGCAGGAACGGGCAAAGGACCCAUCCACGGUGCGUGUGACUUCUGUCCAAAUCUAACAGUGACCAAAUCUGAAACCACCGCUUCUGUUGAAAUACUCACCACCCACACGCCCCCUAGCAUCCCCUGCAUCGCAGCCACACUUGUGCUUUCUCUGAUCCAGGACAGAGGAACUGUAGCAAACGAGAAUCUUCAGACACCAGACUCUGGGGGUUUGCACUCUAUAAGCGGCGCAUUGAGGAUUUAUGUACAAGACGCCUGUGUCUUGAGCAUGUGUGUGUUGAGUGUUGUGAGGUAGUAGUUGGGACAAACAAGUGAAGGUGCACAAUUCUUCCUCAUUAAUCAGUCUAGACCAGCCGUAAGGUUUUAUUUUAAGCAUCUCUUCUCACCAUCGAGCUCAAUACCACAUCCCAUUUCUCUGCAAUAUGUCACAGUGAUUGUCCGCUCUGUAUCGAAAAUACUGAGGUUUGAGAUAUUGCCUAGUACUGAUGGGCUGAAAGGAGUCGAGAGAACUCACACCCAAAGUCUCAUUCAGAAUCAUUUUCACCUUCAACAUUUUGAGCCAAAUAACCAGUGCCCCAUCUCGGUGUACAGUGUUCACACGUUGAGCAUAGAAGGGACCAAAAGCUGAGGAUCAGGUGUGUUUUUAAAUAGAAAAAUGAAAACAUGUCUAAAAUAGUUUGUAAUGCGGCGUGAGGUCAUUUCUGUGCCCGUAAUUUAAUACAUUUAAUUACAUUUUGAUAUGCAUGUCUGUUUUUUUCACUAAGCCAAACAUGGUUAUAUUUAUAUUCUGCUUUGUUGUAAUUGCAUUAGUACUGCCAAGUGUAUUUUACAGGUCCUCUCACUGUUUAGCUCUUUUUGUUUCUUUUUUCUUUUUUUUCUUUUUUUUUUGUAACUUCAGAACCAAAACCGACGCAAGUUGCUUGUAGCCUCGUUACAAGUCUGCCUGUUUGUGCGCUCUGUGAGACGUGGGUCCUCCCUCCGUGACGCCAUUAGUUCUCGUUUCUUCUUUUUAUUCCACGGAGAAAUGCCUUGAAAUGCGACCGCACAGUGGAGACACGCUGAAACACUCGCCGCUACACAUACUGCUUCUUACUUUGACAGUAUUUCUGUGUUCGUUACUGUUCAGCUCGCGCAGGUUUAAGCUUUUCUAACCUUUUUCAUACUCAAUGUCCAUUUUUCCAGGUGUUAUAUUUUUAAUUAUCUGUCCCAAAUUGUUGGUUUCUCUAACCUGCUCGUGUACUUUUCCUCUGAAAUGGGAGCGUGCAUUCACGCGUGCAUAUAGAGGAAUAUAUAAACACCUAUAUUCAGCUGAAAAUAACUGCUGCUGCCGUUUUUCAGUUUCCCCACAUGAAGAUGAUCGUUUAGGUUUUUAAAGUCUUGUGAAGAACUGAGUCCUGUUAGUCCACCUAAACAGCCCAAAUGCGCUAAUGAAUGAGGUUUACACGUUUUAAACAUUUUCUUUGCACUUAAUUAUGAUUUCAUCUUUAAAUUGAGGACCGUGUCUGUAAACCAACAAUCAACAUGGGUGAAAGAGGGCUGUGUAGGUGGAUGAAAAAGAGUCUGUAUUCAAGAAAUCCAUUCAAGGGUUUACUGCAGACUAUGUUUACAGUAAAACACUCAACAGACUGAAGUUAGUUUUGUUGUUCAGUAUGUUCAAGAAAAAUAAAGAAAUCAAACUGUGAA